AUGGCAGCUGGCAGCCCUACUUACAAUGGAAGCUCCUUGCAUUGUCUUAAGUGGGUGCAGGGAUUCACCAACAGGAAACUUGGCUUUGUAAACAACAAGACUGUCUGUUAUCCUUGUGGAAAUUAUAUCAUUUUUAUCAACUUUGAAACGAAGCAGAGGGCAGUCUUACGGUGCAAGAAUGGAAGUGUAGGAGCCUUUGCAGUGAAUGGGAAUCAAGGAAUAAUAGCUUUUUCUGACCAGCAGCUGAAACCUACAAUCUAUGUCUACACCUUUCUAGGACUAACAAAACAGGCUAAAUUAAAAGGGCAAGCCAGCUUGGACUAUUCCUUGCUUGCAUUCAGUCAUUCAGGCUCCUACCUGGCCAGUUACUCCUCAAUCCCAGAAUUUUCUCUUUCAAUAUGGGACUGGAGGAAAAAAAUCCUAUUGUGCAGUCAGGCACAUCCAGGAGCAGAUGUGACUGCGAUGAGUUUUAAUCCCAUGAGCUGGCACCAGUUGUGUUUGCACAGUGGGACCUCUGUUACUCUGUGGAGUAUUGAAAGAAGUGAUAAUGAACACCUUUUGAAGUCAAAGCCAGUCACUCUCCCUGCUCAAGACGGAUCUACAAUGCAUGAGCAAAAUACCUUUUUCUUCUGUCCGAAUGCCCAAGACCCUUAUUUUGGUCCUGUGUUGCCUAUUUCAGCUGUUGCUGGCCUGGUAGGGGAUGAAGCAGAAACAUUUAAACCUAAAGAUGAUACUCAGCCUACAGUUCAUCCUACUGUCCACUGCUGGACUCCAACUUCUGACCUGUACAUCGGCUCUGAAGAGGGAUAUUUUUUGAAAAUUGGUGCAGACACAUUCAAGGCUAUUGCUGUCCACCAGAAACUUUCACCAGAUGCUAAAGCAAAACGACGUACAACUUUUCGGUCACUGUCCCACUCUAGUGAGAAAACUGAAGAUGGUAGAAGAAAUGAGGCUCAGAAUGUGGCCCUGUUUGCUAUGGCACUACACAAGGAAGGACUGUAUGCAGCUGGAAAUGAUGGUGUUGUCCGUUGCUAUCAAGUCAAAGGCACACAAUUUCAGACAGAAGAUUGCCUGGAAAUAGAUGAACCCAUAACAAAUCUCAUCUUUUCCCCUGACUAUACUUAUUUAUUAGUAGAAACAGAAAAGGGAUCUCUCUAUGUCUUUAAUCCUAAUGACAAUGAAGAUGUGGUCCAGUUAUUGGAUGCAAGUGAAGGCCAGUUCCUCGGGGUUGAUUUUAUUGUUCCAGGAUCCAAGCACUGUGUGUCUGUAGCAGAAUCAGGGGAGAUGCAUAUUUGGCAGACAGAGGAUGGAGCUUGUAUCAGCAAGAUGUCCUUGCACGCCCUGGUCACAGCGAUGGCUUGCAGUUUGUCUUCUCACUGUGUGGGAGUGGGAACUAAAGGAGGCCACAUCUUCUUCAUAGAUGUUACAGAUGUCAAGCUUCCGAGGGUGAUUCACCGGGUUCUACUUACUGAACAUCCUGUGCAAUUUUUGCACUACGAACAGAGUGGUCAGUUUCUUAUAACAGGAACUUCAGAUGGUUAUCUCUUUAUUUUAAAUGCCCUGCCUUCAAGCUUAUUCCAAGUUCUUGGAUACAUAGUGUUAUCCCAUGAGAUUAUUGACUUGACUUCACUCUAUGAUAUAGAGAAAGAAGCAUCUGAAGUUAUUGCACUCUUUUGUCCACCAGACAUCAAAAGAGCAAGAAUGGAGGUGUUCAACCUUCCUACCAAGAUCAUCUUCGAUAAUGAGGAGUGUAUCAAUGAAAGGGGGUUGUUGAAGGACCAGGUCAUUCGGAGGCGUUCCUAUGACUUCGAGUUCCCUCUGUGUUCUGUGGUCAAGCGGAAGGACGCCACUGUGUACGGCUAUGCUAGCCAAGCCCCUUUCAUCUGUAAAUACCAUUUUGCUUCAAAGAUAAGCUGGAAAGAUUCACCAGUUAUUAAAUCAGAGAAGAGGAUACCAAGCAAACAGUUUGGACGAGCUUCCCUACAUUUGUCUCCCCACGGCAAGUGGCUGGCUUCAGUAGCUGAAAGUGGAGUAUUAAUUAUCCAUGAUGCUGCAACUUUGGACAUUCUAGCUCGUGAGCACUGUCAUUCGUAUCAUGAACAUGGAAUCAGGACAUUGACAUUCUCACUGGAUGGCCAGUUCAUACUUGUCAGUGGUUUGGAUGGAGCAAUUGUUUUGCUGAAAUGGAAGAGGAUCAGUGAGCGCAAACUGAAGGAUUCAGUUGACUUUGGGAAUUAUCUUCUUAGCAACUUAAACAACUAUAUUUUCCAGGAAAACACAUUUUUAAGGAAUAUGCCAGAAUGGGUAAAGUUUAAGAAGGGAUCAACUGUUGAAAUUGAAGAGGAGGAUGAAUAUUUCCUUCUGACUCAAGAAAAAUCUUCUGAGGCAACAUGGUUAGAUCAGAAAGCAGAGAAGGCUAUCAAAGAAGAAACUGACAAGUUCACUGAUAAGAGAAAAGAAGUGAAACAUGGAAUUAAAAAGCUCCGUAAAAAGAUUCAGGAAAUGAUGUUUGAAAAUGCAAAGGCACCUAAAAUUGAGAAACUGGACCAACAAGAAUUCAAUGUGGACGUAGAAGAACAAGAGAGGCAACAAAUAGAAAGUGAAAAAGAAGUGGCACGGGUAAGGAAGGAUAUAGAGAUGGAAAAUCUAGCCAAUGCCUAUUUACGUGAGAUCAUCAAAGAAGAUUGCUGGAAUGCCAUGUCUGUUAAAGGUCGCUCGGUUAGGAGCUUCCACUUACCAUGUGAAAUACAGAAUUAUCCUAUGAAAGAACGAGGCCCCGAAGAACUGGCCUUCUUGGAGAGAAUUCUGCAUAUGAAGAAGAUUGAAAAGGCAGAUAUGAAGCUUCGAAGGGAAAUUGUUGAUUUCGAGUCUCACAUUCCAGUCACUAAAGAGGAAGGGGAGAAGGCAGAAGAAGGAGAGAAACGGGAUGAAGAAGCAAUGCAUGCUCUGGAAGGGAGCUUGAGUUCGCAUUUUGGUGCAGAUACAUCUGUUUUAUAUCCUCAAAUGGAAAUGCACACUCGGGAAGAGAAAAUUAAUCAGAUUAUAUUAUUACGGGACAUUAUUUAUAAUGUGAAAACUGCUUUUAAUAAGGAAUUUGACUCAGUCACUCGAAUGAAGGAGUUGGAGAUUGCACGUGUUAAGGAAAGGAAUGUGAGGAUCUCUCAGAUCUUGAAACAGCUGGAAAUCCAGGAAGAGAUAUGGGAGCCAACUUUAACAGAUAACGAGAAACCAGAUCGAGAUCUGAAAGUCCGAGACUCAGAGAUCAAAGUAGAGAAGUACUUGACUCCAGUCCAGAAAGCAAAAGAAAAAAUUAUGGCCAGGAUUAAUUAUAAAAGGCGUCUUGCUGCUCAGGGGGACAAUGCAAGAGAACGUGGACUUGUGGACAUGAUGAAUGGAGUCCUUGAAAUCAAAAAGGAUGACAUAUUGAAGAUGGAGAUUCCACCACCUCCUUUUGCAUCAAAACCAGAGGCUCUCUGGAGUGAAGAUGAGAAAAAAAUAUAUAAAGAAUAUGAGAAAAAAGUGAAGGAACUGAAUGAAGAAAGAGAGAAACACCGAAAGAUUCUAGAAACUGAGUUGAGGAAACUUCAAAGCUCUGUUCAGGAAACAACACAAACUUUUGAUGAAAUUGUGAACAGGCUGUUUGAAAAAAAAGUCAAGUCAGAAAUGGUUAUAUAUCAGGAAGAACUCAAAAUAACCAACCUUCUGUACUCAUUGCUUUUGGAUGAAGAACUGAGCACAAGAGAAGCUGGGAUCAGUCACUAUCUUGAAAAAAAGAGGAAAGAAAAGAUGUUAACUAGUGAUGCAGUCAAGGCAGCCAGAGCACAAGUGGAUACCUACAGAGAGGCCUAUGACAUCUUAGUUGCUGAAGACAAACUCAUGGAACGUGGUUUUAGAAAGGAAUUUUCUGAUGUUCCAGCUCAUCACAUUGAUCAGCUAUUCAAACUUUACAAACGUCGGCCUAGGGCUCAGAAGACGAAGGUUGUAUGUGACACUGCCAACCCCUAUGGAGAUCGACCAGGUUCUGUCAAAGCAUUACAGGAUGCUUAUACUCAAUUAAUGAAAGGUAUUGAUGAAAUGGAUGAAUUUGGAAACAAACCAGAGGGUCUUGACUAUACCAUCUGGGACCGUUUAUGUGUGUCUAGACGAACCAAAGUAGAAAGUGAACAACAGAUUAAACAGAAAGCACUGACACUAGCAGAGAUGCAGACCUUCCUUCAGAGGAGGAUAGAGGAUGACGAGAAGGUACGGAAAGAAAUUGAACAAAUCUUCACAGAACUUAAUCUGCUUCGAGAGAUGAAGAUGAAAUUUCAGUUAGAUUUGAUGGUCCAAUUUCUUUUUAAACAAGGGCAAGUGGAGCUAGACAGUAGCAAUUUAAUACCCGAUUACACAGAUGCUAUUCUUAUCAACAGGAGCAUCAUUGAGGAGCUGAACAGCACUAUCCGGGCUCAAGGAGAGAAGAAAGUUGCCAGCAUGGUGGAAAGCAAAGAUUUUCGGAAAGGGAUAUUUCAGCUGGAAUGGGAGCAUAAAAAAAUUCAGAUGCAGAUUGAUGAUCUCAACCAAAAGGCUCGAGAUAUUCAAAAACUGAAUGUUACAAAAGAUCGCCAACUUUUCUUAACGGUACUAAAUUACGACAGCCGAAUGAAUCGUGAGGUCUCAGUAAUGGAGGCAACGCUUACUUUUCUAGAUAAGGUUCAUAAGAAAAAUGUGCAACACCGGGAGAAACUUAUCAUGGAGCUGGGGAAGCAAAUUGAUCAGAAAAAGAUAGCAAACCACAAACUCAGCAAGGAGAUACGAGAAAUGCUUGUUUCCGUGUCAGAAAGGCGGCACAUUUUUGAGGCUUCUGACUCAGACCUGCUCAAACAGAAGAUUCAUAAAGAACAUUAUGAAGACAUUUUACAGCGACAGCAACUUGUGGAUCUUGCCAAGGCACAGGCUCAGGAGUUGUCCAUCCUUCAGGCUGAAGUGGAGAGACUGAGAAUGAAAACAUUCCCUGCUUUCUUUGAUGUGCAAGAAUAUUAG